UUACACUUUGCAAAUUUCGCAGAGAGAUCGCCCACUGAAAACACGAUGCUGAAGGUUGCUCUCUUUCUUGGCCUUCUGGCUUGUGCCAGUUGCUUUUUCGUCUUCCCCAACUUCGGCAACUUUGUCCAAGUUAAUGUCAACGAUCAGGCUGUCAUCGUAGCUGCCAACUAUGGAGUAGGAUACAUGUCCAGGAUGUGGAUGGGUAUUUACCACCACAGGUUGGCAAGAAUUGUUGGAGCUUGGACACAGGUGGUAAAUGGCUACAUUUACUAUAAACUGGAUCUCAUUGCUGGAGUAACCACUUGCUUGAAACAAAAUGUUGCCUUUGAUCUUCUGGGACAAUGCCCCUUCCAAGAGGGAUGGGCUACCUACAAGCGUUGCUCUCUGAGUCUGGGUCGCCAAGAAAAUGGCAAUUUCGGUUCCCUCAGCAGCUGGGCUUGCGUCACCAUCCCCGCAGGUGACAUACUCACGGUCACUGCUUGAGAUAACCUAGCUCACAAGUUCCAUCGCCUGAAAGUGCCAUAAUACACACUGCACAAUAAACCCGACAAGUACAUGUAAUGACAAGGAAUAUUUGUAAACAUGCUAAAAUCUGACAUGCUCUUUGUUAUAUAUUACCAACAAUAAACUUUUCUGGCCUUC